AGUUUAUGCCAGAAAGCCAUUUGAAAUUCGUUUUCCGUACAGUGCGAGAAUUCCAAAACUAUGGAGUCAUUGGAUGAGUGGCCCUUCGGUAACAAUCCCGCUAUCUGACAGUAACAGUUUGUAUAUGGGAUUUGCUUUGUUUGUUGUUUUUGAAGUCCUUGAGAAAGGCGAUUUCAAUAAGACAUGGGAACUGGUGGAAAUUAUCUGUGAAUUUGACACUGAUAUUGGUCAUGAAAAUUAUAAUUGCCUAGUUUUCCAAAACUUCAUAGGGUUCAAGGCCGGAUCAUAUGCACUUUGUCACUAUGAACCACGAGAGGGGAAAUGUGGUGGGAUUUUUGAUAAGCUAAGCACACAACUUCAAGCUACAUUUUCAACAAAGAGACCGAAUUUAAAAGUGAGAGGUUGUGGGAUACUUCUCAUAUCAGAGGAAGGCGCUGCAGAGUUUUUAGAAGGAAUUGGAAAUCAGAUUGCCAUGCAACACCUCGAUUCCAAUUUUGAUCAUCAUUGCAAGUACAUAUUGAAUGAGACAAUGACUGGUGAAUUGAUGGAACUAGGCUCUCCUUCAACGUUCAAUGAAGUUAGCUCGAGCAGACACAACCUUAACAUCCAACCCAGAGAAGAGUUGUUGAUACUCUAUGAGGGAGGCAAUGCACGUGAGAAUUGUUUCUAUCUUGGUUUUCCUGCUCCAGUAAUUUCAUUUCCUGGCCAUGCAGGGGAUGUAACGAUUUGUCAACUUACUGGAAACUUGCUUGAUGAUCAGACAUGGGUGGGACUGGAACUAUAUGUGAUGUUAACUCGGCAUGCUUCUGCUUCAAAUGAUGGUGCUAAAAGUACCCGUUUCAUGUUGAUUUGUGUGGUCAUGAUCAUGCAAGUAUAGUAUUGAAAGGAUCCCUCAAGUUAGACAGUUUUCUUGGGACAUCAGAUCAACUUGUUGUAAUACAUCUACCACGUGUAUGUUUUCAACAAAGGUUGAAUCAAUGUCGGGGUAUUAGUGCAUUGUUUAGAUCUAUUGACCAGGAAAUGGAGGUUCAAGUAUGUGGGAGCCGUUUACUCUUUGAGCGAGAUUUGCCAGACUUGAUUCAUUCAUUGGCUGCUGCUGCAGGCACAUUAGGGGAAAAGCAUGUCGUCGCUCAACCUUGUUCCGGGGCUCAUAUACGUGUCGUUGAAGAUCCUAUUAAUGAAGCUCAAGUUGUCGAUCGGUGUGAAAUAAAAAAAACAACAGAGAACAAGAAGGGAAUUGCCAAAAGUUCUGACAAUAGAGUGGAGGGAUCAAUACAAGUACUACCAGAACAAGCUUCUACUUCAUCAGUAAAGCGGCUACAGAAUUACAAAGGCUAUUUCCAGCAAAAUCAAGGUUCUAUUGAGUUCAACAUAUUAUUCCACUCCAGAGGCUGUCUUUUUGAAAACAGGGAUAACCAGGAGUAUGCUGCCGAAGAAGAUACAACGUCGUUGUUGAAUCAUUUAUGUGUAAUGGUUGAGACUCUAGUGUAUGGAACCUAUACUUCACUAGAGUGGAGAAGAUGUCUGGAGUUGUUGCUUCAGCAUUCCAAGACAGCCAGUAUCAGUAACAGACGAUAUGCACUUCCUGCUUUGAAGCAUUUCAAUCCUUCUUCCACAUACAAUAUUUGUCUCUCUCAUGAACUUCCACUGUUUUUCAUCAGUGGACGUUAUUCUAAUGGUUCCAGGGUAGAAAUGAGUUUACCUCCGAAGUUAUGUGAUGAUAACAAUUGGAGAGGACUUGUUAUAUGUGCUAAAUUCACAGUUAAUGACAGGGUGCCACUUCCCUCCGUGGUGAAACUUCUGUGUCACUUGAGAUCGAAGGAUUAUUGCUUGAACCCUAUUCCAAUGUGUUCCAUCACUAAAGUAAAAUUAUUGGAGCAUUUGUAUCGUGGUGGAUUCGUGUGGGUAACCUACAUACCCCGUGUUUUUCUGUUGGAGUUCAAUGCGAUUAGUGAUGUGGUGGCCAGAAUGUAUAGUAAUUGCCCGAUCUUGAAAGCGGGUUCGUGUGGUAUCCAUCUUUUGCACCGACAAGAGGAGGAGAGCUUCAGGAAAGUAAUAACUGGAUGCUGUACCUCUUUUUUUGAUGAUUUACCUCGCAUUCGGGAUAUUGCUGUACCAGAAACGUUGCAAAUUGGACGUAAAUGGAAAGGUGGCAAUUUUCCAAUGCUUGAAGGACAGAUCAAGGAAUUUGAUCGGGACUCUAUAUAUAAUGCAAUUCCCCGUACUUGUCUGAGUAUCCCGAGCUGGUUUGGGUGUUACACUCCGCUGACCCGGAGACAGGGCUCGUACUUUGAGUGGAUGCGGGAGUGGGAGCUGAAACUCCAGCUACCUGCACCAUCUCUACGCAGUGACAAAAGUUGGAUAGGAUUGGCUCUCUGUGCAUCAUUUUAUAAUUUUUCUCCAGCUCAGAAUUCUGCCUCUUACCUCUUUGGCUGUCGUUUGCGCACCAUUAUCAAUGAUUUGACAUCUAAUAAUGAGUAUCGAAUUCUAAUGACUCCUGAAGAAUUAAAGUGGCAUUCGUUGGCCGCACAUCAUCAUCGAUCUAGAAAAUUCCUUUGGCUGUCCUACAUACCACGAAGCUGGUUUCUGCAUCAGUUAAAUGGUGAGUCUGCCCUCUUUGCUGACCUCUCUGCAUAUGCUGGGAUAAGUGCUGACUGUUGUGAGGCUCGUUACCGUUUUGUGUACGAGCAUGACGUGGAAGAGUUUAAGCAGCACUGUGCCGAUCUCCAUCAAUCAGUGCCUGAAAAUGACACAUUAGAUUGAGCAGUACAUCUUCUUGUAACUUUUAACGCACAUCCAAUUACCUCAUCAAACAGGUUGAAUUUGUGAUGUCGUAGAUUAAAAAUGAAAUCGGCCACCGCAGCAUAAAAAUAUUGUUGCCCAGUCAUGUCCAGAAAAACAUAUUGUUGUCCAGUAAUGUAAGGUUUGCAAAAUUUGAAACAAAUUUAUUGAACAUUUGGUGAUCAAAUCGUUCAUAUGUACUACAAGACGCUGCUUCCUACAAACAUUUAUGAGUCCUCGUACUGAUGAUCAAUCUCAUCAAAAUAUCUCCUCUUGUAUAGUAUUUUUAUUCUUUUGGACUCCCUGUUGAAUAUGGUCCCACUAGACAAAUUAUCAGAGGCGAUAAGAAUAUAAAUAUUCAUAUGGAAGAGGUCAGAUCUUUGUUAUUAUCUGCUGAAAUGGAGAUCGAGUUACAGCGUUCAAUGACAUUAUCAUCUU